AUGGCAGCUGUUGACAUCGACGUGCCGGUGGACACAGAACCCCAAAUCCGCAGUGCGGAGGACCUGGAACGUCAAGCUGAAUGCUUCAAAGAGCAAGGAAAUGUAUUCUACAGCCAGAAAGAUUACUCUGAGGCUUUCAACUGCUAUACUAAGGCCAUUGAUACAUGCCCCAAAAAUGCCAGUUAUUAUGGCAACAGGGCAGCCACCCUCAUGAUGCUCAGUCGCUUUCGAGAGGCCCUAGAAGACUCUCAGCAGGCGGUGCGGCUCGAUGACUGUUUCAUGAAGGGCCAUCUACGUGAGGGCAAGUGCCAUCUGUCUUUGGGAAAUGCCAUGGCGGCCAGGCGCUGCUUUCAGAAGGUUUUGGAGCUGGAGCCAAGCAACAGAGAGGCUCAGCAGGAGAAUAAGACUGCAGCAACUCUCCUGGAGUUCGAGCGGAUGGCAGAUUUUGGUUUUGAAAAGCGGGAUUUCAGAAAGGUGGUGUUCUGUAUGGAUCGGGCCUUAGCUGUGUCUUCUGCCUGCCACCGCUUCAAAAUCCUCAAGGCUGAGUGUCUGGCUCUGCUGGGACGCUAUCCAGAAGCUCAGUCUGUAGCAAGUGAUAUCUUGCGAAUGGAUUCCACCAAUGCAGAUGCACUGUACGUUCGAGGCCUGUGUCUUUACUAUGAGGACUGCAUCGAUAAGGCUGUACAAUUCUUUGUCCAGGCUCUGCGAAUGGCACCUGACCACGAAAAGGCCCGGUUAGCCUGCAGGAAUGCCAAAGCCUUAAAAGCCAAGAAAGAGGAGGGCAACCAGGCAUUCAAGAACAACAACUAUGAAGCUGCCUACCAGCUGUAUACUGAGGCCCUGACGAUAGACCCCAACAACAUCAAGACCAACGCGAAACUCUACUGCAACAGAGCCACAGCAGGAGCAAAGCUGAAGAAACUUGAUCAAGCCAUAGAUGACUGCACCAGUGCGAUCAAACUAGAUGACACUUACAUCAAGGCCUACUUAAGAAGAGCUCAGUGUUACAUGAACACAGAGCAGUAUGAGGAGGCAGUACGGGACUAUGAAACAGUUUACCAGACAGAAAAAACACCAGAUCACAAACGCCUCCUGAAGACGGCACAGCUGGAGCUAAAGAAGAGCAAGAGAAAAGAUUACUACAAAGUGCUGGGGGUCGGCAAGAACGCCACUGAGGAUGAGAUCAAAAAGGCCUAUCGCAAACGAGCCCUUAUGCACCACCCAGACCGCCACAGCGCAGCAACUCCAGAGGUGCAGAAGGAGGAGGAAAAGAAAUUCAAGGAGGUGGGUGAGGCCUUCACUGUGCUCUCUGACCCAAAGAAGAAGAUCCGCUAUGACAACGGACAUGACCUGGAUGAUGACGGCUGCUUUGAUGGGAGAGAUUUUGACGCAAACAACAUCUUCAGGGCUUUCUUCGGUGGCCAUGGUGGAGGAUUCAGUUUCGAUUCCAGUCCAGACUCUGCACCUGGAAAUUUCUUUUUCCAAUUUGGCUAAAGUGGAGGUGCAUGUGGGAAAAUGAAGCCCUGCAGUGGACAAGAUGAAGUUGGAGUUACACAGUCACCUCAUGAUGCUCUUUCUCCUGAGUGUCUUGCGAAACUCUCCUCACUGUUCUUUUUCAAGAGGUUUUUAAUUAUUGCAGUCACUUCUAAAUUUACUCCCUACGUUGAUGCUAACAAACGACAAUUCAGAGGUUUUCAUUUAUGAAUCAACAUUGUAAAGAAAGAAGUGCUUCGAUCUUUCCGAGGUUUGGAUCAGCUGAUCGAAGCAUGUCCCUAUUACCAAAAUCAAGAUGAUAUUAAAAUGUAGUCUAAUCUUGUAAAACUGCCUCAACCUUCAUAAAGGUGAUCAGCAGUUAGAAAUGCAUUGGAAAAGUAAACAUUAUGGUUGAUAACUUUUAGGAGACAUGAUGUGGUAUUUUAGUUUUAUGGUUCUCCUCAGACAGCAUGUCUCUGUAAAGCAAGAGUCAAUGCACUGUGGAAGUUCAAUGUCAAAACUGACCUCAGGACAGCCUGUUAAGGACAGUGCUAGUCUUUUGCAGGUGUAUUUCCAGGUUUUAUUGGCUCACUUGCCAAAUAUAGAAUCAACUUGCAGGGUUUUUGUUUCUUCUUCUUUUCUUCAUGCUGCAUUGUAUAUUUGACUCGAAUGUUAAUCGUUGUGUGUCCAUAAAUUUUUUUCUUCCUCAGUCUUCCCUCGACCUAUUUAUAUUUAUUGUACUGUAUAUUCUAAUUUGUAUACAGCAGAAUGCCAGUGUUCAUUGUCAUCACCUUCUUUUUUUAUGAGACUAAUUUGUAAAUGCUUUCCACAUCACCCUCUUCACUCCCUGUUUGUGAGGCCAAAAUCAGCAUACAUACACAUGGGAUUGUCUUCUGUUGAAAGCACCAACCACACAUCUGUCCCAUUUAUCGCAUUCAAAUUCAAGUGGUGCCUUAGAAGAAUGAGUAGAUCAGUAAAACUUGCAUCAAAUGCUGCAGAGCAAGACACAUCCUGUUCACAAAAGGCAACAGUUAUGUAAAGCAUGUUUUUUUUUUUUUUUGGUUGUUGUUGUUUCUGUGCUCUGUCAUAGGAAAACUUUGUUCAUAUCUGGCCAGAAAAUGAAAUUGAAAGUAACUUCUUCAUCCUGUCAAACAUUAAAGACUAAAAUUUCGUUUCAUGUCGCCAUCAAUCACACCCAGCUGUUCUCCAUGCAUUCUUGUCAUGCACGUUUGGUCAGUGCAGCCCUUCCCCUACUUGUUCCACCUGUUUCAAAUAGACACAAAUUAGUAGGUUGGAAGCUUCUCUUGUUAAUAGUUAUGUCACUGAAUUAUGUAUCAUUUUUAAAACCUGCCACAGUAUUAACAAGGUUUGCUUUUCGUAAUGCAAAAAUAAAGGCUUGUCUUUUA